AAAAGAACUGUCAAAAGACCUGCGUAACAAGGUAUUGGAACUAUAUAAAGAUGGAAAAGGAUAUAAAAAGAUAUCCAAAGCCAGUCAGUACUGUUCAAUCACUUAUUAAGAAGUGGAAAAUUCUGGGAUCUCUUGAUACCAAGCCAAGGUCAGAUAGACCAAGAAAGAUUUCAGCCACAACUGCCAGAAGAAUUGUUUGGGAUACAAAGAAAAACCCACAGGUAACCUCAGGAGAAAUACAGGCUGCUCUGGAAAAAGACGGUGUGGUUGUUUCAAGGAGCACAAUACGACGAUACUUGAACAAAAAUGAGCUGCAUGGUCGAGUUGCCAGAAAGAAGCCUUUACUGCGCCAAUGCCACAAAAAACACACCUCUACACACCUCACAGCUUCUGGCACACUGUAAUUUGGAGUGACAAGACCAAAAUAGAGCUUUAUGGUCACAACCAUAAGCGCUAUGUUUGGAGAGGGGUCAACAAGGCCUAUAGUGAAAAGAAUACCAUCCCACUGUGAAGCAUGGUGGUGGCUCACUGAUGUUUUGGGGGUGUGUGAGCUCUAAAGGCACGGGGAAUCUUGUGAAAAUUGAUGGCAAAAUGAAUGCAGCAUGUUAUCAGAAAAUACUGGCAGACAGUUUGCAUUCUUCUGCAUGAAAGCUGCGCAUGGGACACACUUGGACUUUCCAGCACGACAAUGACCCUAAGCACAAGGCCAAGUUGACCCUCCAGUGGUUACAGCAGAAAAAGGUGAAGGUUCUGGAGUGGCCAUCACAGUCUCCUGACCUUAAUAUCAUCGAGCCACUCUGGGGAGAUCUCAAACGUGCAGUUCAUGUAAGACGACCAAAGACUUUGCAUGACCUGGAGGCAUUUUGCCAAGAUGAAUGGGCAGCUAUACCACCUGCAAGAAUUUGGGGCCUCAUAGACAACUAUUACAAAAGACUGCAUGCUGUCAUUGAUGCUAAAGGGGGCAAUACACAGUAUUGAGAACUAAGGGUAUGCAGACUUUUGAACAGGGGUCAUUUCAUUUUUUUCUUUGUUGCCAUGUUUUGUUUUAUGAUUGUGCCAUUCUGUUAUAAUCUAAAGUUGAAUAUGAAUCCCAUAAGAAAUAAAAGAAAUGUGUUUUGCCUGCUCACUCUUGUUUUCUUUAAAAAUGGUACAUAUAUUACCAAUUCUCCAAGAGUAUGCAAACUUUUGAGCACAACUGUGUGUGUGUGUGUGUGUGUGUGUGUAUAUAUAUAUAUAUAUAUAUAUAUAUAUAUAUAUACACACACACACCCUUUUCCACAAUUCUCCUAUUACAAAACAGUGCUGUAAUGGUAGUACCAUGGUACAGUGUUGGUAUCAGAUGGUAAUACCAUGAUUCUUUGAACACUGUAAUUAUUACCAUAUUUAUAUGCCAAAAUAUUUACAGUACUUUUUAGGCAAGUCAGGUCACACUGCGGCCAUCUUUGGAAUGCUCCCAGGCAGCUAUUUCUAGUCAUGAAAGUUCAGCUCCUGUCUACUUGAAUGGGAGAACAUUUGGGGAAAUCUUAAAAACGGUUGGUCAAGAUUAUGAUCAAAGAACAUAUUUUAAAUCAGUAGUGAAAUCUGACUACACUGGUAUCAUAAAUUAGACAUCUUUUCCUCAGUUUUAAGCCAAGAUUUUCCCGGCUUGUCGAGCUAAUGCGCAUACGCAUUCUCGAAUAGACUGACAAGCGAUGUCUGCACCAAAAUCUGAUUAGCUCUUUUAUCUGUAAGGCGGGAUUUCCUUUUCUACAUCUGUUGACUGUUGGGCAUAUCCAUUUCCUCCACUAAUUUUUAUAGAAGUGACCCAUCUCUGCUAAAUAGUCUCUGAUGUUACUUCAGAGAAUACCAUGGUACUACCACGGUACAUGUCUAAUAAAAGAUUGGUAUUACCAUUAAACCUUAUCCAAAAAACAUGAUACUUUUUAGUGUUUUCUUUAAAUAGUGUAAUAUACUAUUUUUGUAUAUUUUUGUUUUUCUUAUUGGACUCCACAGCUAAAACAUACAUUUUAUUGGCGCAAGAGCUAUUGGAGGGAGAUGAUCCACCAUUUAGAAGUUCUCCCAUCACUUAUGUGCCCCUGAAGACAUAUCUUGGGCCAUCAUGUUUGUGACAGCAUAUCUGGCAUUUGCAGUCUUGUCUGGAUUGUGCGUGGCAUUAGAGAUCACAGCCCGCCGUCUCACCUCACCCCAGGCCACACAGACAGCUGUCGCCAAUCCGGCCUUCCGACGUUUCCAGAACCUUUUUCUGAAGGUCUAUCUCCUGGCCCUCUGGGCAGACUGGCUGCAUGGACCUUACCUUUAUAAACUCUAUCGACAUUACAACUUCCUGGAGUCUCAGAUCGCCAUCCUAUAUGUAUGCGGUCUCGCCUCUUGUGUGUUGUUUGCUCCAGUGGCUGGCUGGCUGCCACAGUUUCUGGGCCAAAGACGGACGUGUCUCCUGUUCUGUCUGGCCUAUUCCAUCUGCUGUGUUACCAAGCUGUCCCAGGACUACUUUAUGCUCAUACUAGGACGUGUCCUAGGUGGCCUGUCCACCUCUCUUCUAACCACCACGUUUGAGGCCUGGUAUGUGCAUGGUCACAUUGAUGUCCAUGACUUUCCCAAAGAAUGGAUCCCAGUUACUUUUAACAAAGUUGCAAACUUGAAUCACGGACUGGCGGUAGCCGCUGGGCUGGUGGCGAACCUGUUUGCAGAAUGGCUGGGGCUGGGACCAGUCGCUCCGUUUCUUUUGGCGAUCCCGAGCCUUGCUGCCUGUGGCUGGUUUGUGCUGUCUGAAUGGGGUCAAGAGGACAGACCUGAGGGUGCACACAGAGACAAGAACGGCCCCCUUAUGAACCCUCUAAAUACCACAAAGUUGCAAACAUCAGCACCGGCCCGGUUCUGGCGCGGCUGUCUGGAGGGGUUGCGCUGCUUGCUGUCAGACCGCCGUGUUAUGCUAUUGGGUGGCGUGCAAGCACUCUUUGAAAGUGUCCUCUACAUUUUUGUGUUUCUUUGGACCCCUGUGCUGGACCCCCAUGGCCCUCCUUUGGGAAUAAUUUUCUCUAGUUUGAUGGCUGCCAGCAUGGCAGGCUCCACACUUUUCCGGCUUGCCACAUCAGCCCCUUAUCGACUCCAGCCAGGUCACCUUCUCUGCUUGGCUGUGCUGCCAGCUUUCUUUUCCUUCUUCAUGCUGAUGUUUUCUACCAUGCCUGGCCAACCCAGGCCAAAGGAGUCUCUGCUCGCCUUUCUUCUGCUUGAACUAGCCUGUGGGCUUUAUUUCCCUGCGGUGAGUUUUCUCCGGAGCCGUGUGAUCCCCAUGGAGCGAAGAGCCGUUGUGCUAGCUUGGUUCCGUUUGCCUCUCCAUCUCCUGGCUUGCCUGGGGCUGCUGGCUCUUCAUGGGGAGGUUUCUGGGGCGGGGGCGGGUGAGGCUGGAAGUGGCACCAGACAUAUGUUUGCUAGCUGUGCAGGGAUGAUGCUGGCCGCUCUGCUUGCUGUGGUCAGUCUUUUCACUGUGGGCAGGAAUGAUGCAGAUUUAAGACUAGAGGGAACUAAAUUGGAAGGAGAAAUCUGAGUGUAGUAGAGAUGGACACUGGUUUGCAUAAUGAGGAUGUACUGUAUGUGCUAUAAUAUAUUUUGUUCAUGGACACUAUCAUAGCUAAACGAUUGAAUUUAUGGGUAGAACAUAUCAGAAAGUACAUGGUUUAAUUUCUUCCUUCUUAUAUCCAUGUUAAUAGAACCAAUAAACUCCUUAUAAAAAGUUGUUUAAUGUACUUACUGUGAGGCGGCCAAAAAUGCAUGUAUGUAUUUAUAUGAGUAACAGUUUUUAGACAAUGUUAACGGCAUAGCUCACCCUAAAAUGAAUAUGUUGUCAUUGACUUUCUUUCACGCAGGUUUGGAGCAACAUGAGGGGUAGUAAAUGACAGAAUUUUCAUUUUUGGUUGAACUGUCCCUUUUAAGAAAUCCUCAUUUUGAGCUGGAUCUCUGAUGUCAUUACUAUAUUUUCCUUUCAGCUAUUAGCAGUCAAGCCAACCAAAAACUACCAGAUGUGUACAAACAAAUUACACAUACUAUAUUUUUGCAAUUAAGUCUUGAAGUGUAAAAGCAUAUCUUAUAGACAAUAAUGGAUUUGUUUCUAGGGUGAAUUCUACAUUUUUGCAGAACUGUAAAAAAAUCAGAUAAUUGCUAUUUCUAGCUUCUGCUGCAACAGAACAGACAAAGAAGUUAAGGUAAGCAUUUUCAUUUAUUUCAAUUGAUGGCAACUGAACAAAUUAAGGCGCAUGAACAAACAGAUUAAGGAGCACUGUAAAUAAAUGCAUAUUUGAAAUGUAUAAAAAUAAAAAAUAAACUAUUGUGAAGUAUAAUGAAUAAAUAUAUUAUUUUUCAUUUAUUAAUUUAACAAACAUUCCAUUUUAGAGUAACUUUGAGGGAAGUUGACCCAUUGACUGCCACUAGCAAUUUAUAACAAACAUUCCAUAUUAAGUGUCUUUCUAAAUGAGAUUUCUCAACUCAUUUCUCAUCUCAAGAGAGAUGUGUUGAGAUGUUAAUCUCAGGCAUUGUACUCCAAUAAAGCAGUGUAAAUGAUGGAAUUAACAGCAGCACACACAGUAUUAAUACAUCUGUGCAGUUUUAUAUGGCUUGAAGGAGGUGGUAUAACUUCCAUAUUAUAUAAUCUUUAUUAAUCUUUAUUUUAUAGUUUCUCACAGUUUUUCGUCAGUCUGAUUAAGUUGAAUUUACAUAAACAUUUCUCUUCUAAACCUUGUGUCAUUGUCUUUGGUUAUAAACUCAUUACAUCUUGUGGCAUGCUUGGGGAAAAAAUGGAUACACUACUUUAAUAAUUUGAUUUUUAUUAUGAUCCUAGUUUUUCAAUUGAAUUUGUGGUGUAUUUGAUUUCAUAACAAAAGUCCCAGGAUCUUUUACACUCAGAACUGGUAAUCAAUACUCAGUUUCUACACCACCUCCAUUUUAAGAGAAAAUGUAUUCAAACUGUGGCUCAAUAGAAUUUUGGGGACUUCAUUAGUGAUAAUUAAAAAUGAAAACACAAUUAUAAAGAAUUCAACUCAAAUUUCAAAAGAUAAUAUACAAAAAAGAAAAAAGAAAUAUGCACAGAUUGGCAGUCUUGUAUGAGGGAACACAUUCUGUUCUCUUCAAUGAUUUCUGCAUGAAAACUCUAAUCUUUGCUUUCUCUGUAAGAUUAUUGUAAAAUUCCAAAAAUGAAAGCACAUUUAGUCUCUUUUUAAAACCUCUGCAGAGGAGGUCUGUAAAAAUGUCUCUGAUUCUUCUCACCAACUGCAGCAGCAAAUGGUCAGGACCAUUCAGAAUGUUGUCAUGUAUAGUGAUGCGUUGCAUUCUGCUGAGGAACAUUUCAAACCCUAGUGUGCUGUAUGUGAAUCUGCACUAAAAAUGUGUGACUGAAUGCUGAUUUUAUACGUUUUGCAAAAGGGAAAACCCCCAAAAUGAUUAGGGUUUUCAUAAUUUUGAUGUAUGCACAAAACGUUUGUGUGCCAUAAGUUUCAGGGGUUGAAACCCUUUAAUGGUAAAUAAGACAAAAGGUGAGAGCUUAAAAUAAGAAUGCAAGGUACUAUGAUGACUUAUAAACUUUAUUUUUUUAGCUUUAAGUUUGUAAUGUACUUAAAGUUUAUUUGGCUAUUGUGCUAUUCCAUUUAAUCAAAUUGAACUACAGGCGUCCUGAAUGGCAGAAUGUGUAGUGUUUAUAAUUUGAAUGGAAUAUUGUUUGACUGUCUCCAAGCCUAAUAUGAACAGAAUAUUAUAGGGAAAGUUUACCCAAAAAUGAAAAUUCUCAUCAUUUUCUCACCCUCGUCAUUCCAGACUUGUAUGACUUUCUUCCUUCUGCUGAA